AUGGCAACCGCCUCGUCCAGACCCCGGACCCCCGGGCACUCCCAACAACCCGAGCCGGCGGCUGCAGUCACGGAGAACGGCAACAACAACCGCCGCACGAGCUCCUCCCUCGCCUUCCUCCGCCGUUCCAAGUCUACCGAACCGUUGGGCGAGAGGAAGCCGUCCGCCAGCAAGAGCAAGAAGAAACAGGCGAUGGAAGAAGAGCUCCGUCGUCAACGCGAAGCUUCCAUGCCCAAACAGCCUCCUCGCCUUCCUGACCUGUCCCCCACCCCCGUGCUUGAAACCUUUGGAGGCGACGAACGUGUGGACAGUCUCGCCGCCCUCUCCAGCCCCUCCAACCCGCAUCAAAUCCCGUCGCGUAGCGCCAUGAGUACUCCCGUCGCCAACGAUUAUGAUCCAUACGCCCGCACGGAGAGUAUGACCCACCGUGGACGCUUCAGCUAUGCCAGCAGCGCUGUCAGCACUGUGAACAGUCCCCGCCGACUGCGCCGUCGCAAGGACCCCACCCCAUACAAUAUCCUGGUGAUCGGUGCGCGCAAUUCGGGCAAGACCUCGUUCCUCAAUUUCCUUCGCAAGUCGCUCGCCUUGCCGCCGCAUAAGCAUCCUUCUCGCGCUCCUGAGGAAGUCGAGUACUAUGAUCGCCAUUCCCCCGCCAACGAGGGUUACACCUCUCAUUAUCUCGAAACAGAAAUCGACGGCGAGCGCAUCGGAUUGACCCUCUGGGACUCCCAGGGUCUCGAGCGCAACAUCGUCGAUAUCCAGCUGCGUGGCGUGACUGGUUUCCUGGAGAGUAAGUUCGAGGAGACCCUAAACGAGGAAAUGAAGGUGAUCCGCUCCCCCGGUGUCCGCGACACCCACAUCCACUGCACGUUCCUGAUCCUCGACCCUGUCCGCCUCGAUGAGAAUAUCGCCGCCGCCGAACGCGCAGCCCAAGGAAACCCCAAGGCGUCCGACUCCCCUGUCAUCGGCAUUCUGGAUGAGAACCUGGAUAUUCAGGUGCUCCGGACCGUCCUCGGCAAGACCACCGUGGUGCCUGUUAUCAGCAAAGCCGAUACCAUCACGACCGCUCACAUGUCGUACUUGAGAAAGGCCGUGUGGGACAGCCUCAAGAAGGCCAACAUCGACCCUCUCGAGGUCCUUACCCUGGAAGAGCAGGAGGAAGAGUACAGCUCGUCGGAGAGCGCGGACGAGGAGGAGGAAAAGAAACCCGAUGUGCCGGAGACGGUGAAGGAAGAGGAGGGCGCGGAAUCCCCCCAGGAUGAGUCCACCGAGCAGAAUGGAGACGUCCCGCCCCCCGCCUCCCCGUCUACACGAAGCCAAGCGUCUGGAGGCCCUGCUUCUCACCAGAACCUGCCCUUCUCCAUCCUGUCGCCCGACCCGCACUCCCUCGAGGCUGGAGACGAACCCGUUGGUCGCAAGUUCCCGUGGGGCUUUGCGGAUCCGUACAACCCCGAGCACUGUGACUUCCUCAAGCUGAAGGACUCAGUGUUCAGCGACUGGCGCUCGGAACUGCGUGAGGCGAGCCGGGUGAUCUGGUACGAGCGCUGGAGAACCAGCCGGUUGAAUCGCCAUGGUCCGGCCGCGGUGCCUCAGAAAAAGGUGUACAGUGGGCGCAUGGGACCGAUGGAUGGCCGCCGCAUGCGGUAG